ACGCAUCACCGCCAGUCACAAUUGCUCGAAAACUUUGGGCCUAUCAUGGGUCGGAGGCCCAAUCAGCUAAUCCUCGAAUACUUCGAACGCGGUCCAAAGCUCGAAGAUGCGAGUAAUCGCUACCAGCAUACGUGCAAAUCAUGCGGCGAAAGAUUCCCCAAGGGCCGCAUAGACAGCCUCACGAACCACCUAGUCAAGAAAUGUCCGGCCCUACCCCUCCGCGACCGCCAGCGCGCCUUGUUGCAGUUCCAUGAACUGCCUCUCCCCGAGAAUAUGACGCAGACGCAGACGACGGAUGCGCCUGGACCGAGCCAGAUGCAGAAUGGCCAGAAGAUGAACCUCGCGUUCGCGCCCUCCAAGCAGCUCUCUGCCUUGGAGACACUGGCUGAGGUGUCGCGACAACACUUGGAUCUGUCAGGGAAGCGUAUGCCAGAGAAGCAGCCAUUGCACGGACAUAAUCACCAGAGCCACGCAGGCCUGCUGGACGAGUUCCUCAUACAGGAUGACAGACCAGAGGGGUCUGAUAUGGGUGGAAUUGCUCAGGGCAUGGACAUGUCCAAUGCGCCUGGCCUCCCAACCUUGUACCAGUUUAACGGUUCGCUACACCAUUCGCCAACAAAUUCACCUCAAAUGGGCCACAUGCCCCUCUCAAGCUCGGCGUCCAUGGCACAAAUGGUCCCCUCGCUCGUUAUGGCAGCAUCGGCGGCAAACGAACUCAUGCCGUUAACCAAUGGCUUAACCAUGGAGCCUGAAUUGAACAUGUCGGGCAACGGCAUGGGUAUGUCUGACAAAUUCUUCCAGGCGCAAGGCCGUGGGCAGUGGCCAAAUAUACAGCCGAGCUCGCUAGACCCGCUGCUACAGGAUCAUAACAGUCAACAUUUGUUACCUAAGGAUGAUCAUACAAACAAGGGCAUACCCCAUCCACGGCCCAUUGCGAUGAAUCCGAACACCCAGGCGCACUUCACGACCGACUUCAGCAUGGACCAGAAACCAUCGAAGCCCAAGGUCCGCGGGCGAUUCUCUGACUCUAGACGCAAAGAGGUGCAGGAAGUACGAAAACGAGGAGCAUGUAUUCGGUGUCGCAUGCUCAAGAAGCCUUGCUCAGGAGAAAACCCGUGCAACACGUGCCAAAAUGUCGAAAGCGCGCGGUUAUGGAAGCAGCCUUGUAUAAGAACUCGCAUUGCAGAGGAGUUUAGUCUCUACUCUGCAGGUCUCCACAGCGUUUUAUCGUACCAUGCGACGAACCAGGCUAAGGGUCAGAUACGGCUUGGUCAGACAACGGGUCGCAUAGAAGCUACCCACUAUCCGGACUCCAACACUUUUGCAACAUUCACGCCGCUGAAGUGUCAGCAGGCUCACGCAGCUCAAAGUGCUGACAUCGAUCCGGCGAUCUUUACUACUGUAGCUUCACCAUAUCUCGAGCUGAUAGACGGUGAUGAUGAUAUUGGCGGGAAGCUCGACUUGUAUAUCAAGAAGAUGGGGCCCCACUUCAUUAACGCUGAGGGUUCUGCAUUCAUGAAGACUACACUGGACACCGCAUCAAGCAUGACCUCCUCAAAUCAAGAUGGAUUGCUGUCCAAAGCGCUCGAGCUUUGGAACUUGACACGAAUACUCACCUCUUCCAAUCUAGACUGGCAUUUGUUCUCUAAUCCAUCGCUUGCACCUACGAUGGCGCCCUCUACUAUAUCCACCACGGACGUCGAGGAUGCUACAAGGACGCCAAUUACGGCCCUGAACCACCCUUCAUCAUAUGACCUUAUUAAAAUGCAGCUCAUGGGUGCUACAGAAAAGCGCGCUGCCUGUCUGGCACGCAUUGUCAUGAAUGAUCUGGAACGCCGCCUGCUCCAGCGCCAACAAGCAAAUCCCUUCGAAACGUUCCUGGUCGCUGUUAUCCUCCUUGCCUGCGUAGAGCGUAUGUGCUGGCUUUUCCGAACGUGGGAAGUUCUACUACCUGUCACUGUCCCAACAACCACGGACAUCGAACUUCCCUCAUCAACAGAAACCGACCUAGCCUCAGUCCUACAAUCCGCUUCAUCACCGGCCAUGUUAACGCAAGAGCCGCCACCUCAACCACGCCGCAAUCCCAGAUGGCCGCUCGAUAAAUCUCCCGCUUCCUUCUCACAGCAGGGAGAACGCUUUAGUGAUAUACUUAACAUGCUGCUCAAGAUGCGCGGCGUGCCACCAAAACCUGCACCUCGUAGCACGGAUGGGAUGCUGAUGAUGUGGGGCGAUGAUGUGGAUGAGAAAGUAAGAGAUUGGUAUGAUGGUAUUGCGGUUACAACGCAAACACUGGACGACAGGGCGAAUGCGCGGUUCGUGGGCGAGGAACCGAGGGAGUGGGAGUUGAAGUAUGUCGGCAAGAUCAUUAGAGGCGAUUGA